AAGUGAUCGUCCGCCGAGAACAAAAAGAGACGUCGACUUUCCCCCCACUGGAUUUACAGACUUACUGUACUGUCAGACGUUCCGAGGAGUUUGGGAGCCAAAGGAUGACGAACUAAGUUUGAUAUGUUCCAGACCCGCCUCCACUGCUGUACCCACUCUUUCGCCUUCCUAUCUAUCCAUUCAUUCCUUGUUGUCACUUUUUAUCUGUCGCAUCCAUCGUGCAUGCCUUUCCCUUUCGUUUUCCUAUUCUUCCUCUUUUGGAUGUCUCAGUGCUCCUAGAACAAUUCUUUUCUGUUCCCUCUUUCGCUUUACCCUUUCCUCUAUCUUCCAAUCCAUUACCCUCAAUCCAUGUCGCCUUGAUUGUCAAGGCAUCAUGGAUACUAGUGCUCUAUGGCGGCGUGAGGAUACGAUAGACCAAUUUCUGCAGCUCAUCCAGGAUCCUUUCAAGUCCGCUUUUCAAAUCAACGCCGUCUGGGCUUCGUUGGCCACCUCCGCCGGUUCUUCCAUCCUCCUUGCCCUACUCUUUUCGCUGUUCCGACCUCGGCACACGGUUGUCUACGCCCCUAAGGUUAAACAUGCAGAUCGCAAACAUAGCCCUCCCCCGGUGGGAAAUGGCCUCUUUGCCUGGGUUAAACCGGUUUUGCGCACUAGAGAGCCAGAGCUCGUUGACUGCGUUGGUCUCGAUGCCACUGUCUUCCUGCGUUUCACCAAGAUGUGUCGCAAUAUCUUCAUCUUCCUUAGCAUAAUCGGCUGCGGUGUAAUGAUCCCUCUCAACCUUACUCAGAGCAACAAAGACUCUAGAGCGAAGUUGCCGGCUUUUGUGACGAUGACUCCGCUUUAUGUCUCUGUUAAAGCUAUUUGGGGCCAAGUUGUUUGCGCGUGGGCUUUCGACUUGAUUGUGGCAUUUUUCCUUUGGAGGAACUACAAGGCCGUUUACGCGUUACGGAGAAAAUACUUCCAGAGUUCUGAGUACCAGCGUAGCCUUCAUGCCCGGACUUUGAUGGUCACCGAUAUUCCUUCAGUAGCACGAUCGGACGAGGGUGUUAUGCGCUUGGUCGAUGGUGUCAACCCCACCGCUGCUCUACCCCGUGCCACCAUCGGCCGUAACGUCAAAGGUCUUCCCAAACUCAUCAGAGAACAUGAGGAAGCGGUGCGCCAGCUAGAGUCGGUAUUAGCGAAAUAUCUCAAAAACCCCGAUCGACUACCGCCUAAUCGGCCUACUAUACGCCCACCCCGCAAAGAGAAAGACGAUGAGACGCCCGCUAAGGUAGACGCCAUUGAUUAUCUGACUGAUCGGAUUCAGUUAUUAGAAGAAGAAAUUCGGCACGUUCGAGCGUCGAUCGAUAAGCGAAAUGCCAUGCCGUUCGGUUUCGUCAGCUGGGAGAAGAUUGAACACGCUCAUGCGGUAGCUUACACUGCACGGAAGAAGCGACAGCAGGGAACAACGAUUAGGCUAGCUCCGCGGCCAAAUGAUCUCAUCUGGGAAAAUCUACCUCUGUCGAAACAGGCACGAAAAUGGAAGCGUUUCGUCAAUGUCAUCUGGGUCUCGAUCUUGACAGUCUUGUGGAUCGUCCCUAACGCCAUGAUUGCCAUCUUCUUGUCCAAUUUGAACAACUUAGGAUUGGUCUGGCCGGCUUUUCAAACGUCCCUUAGCGCCAACCCACACGUCUGGGCUGCUGUGCAGGGUAUUCUAUCUCCCGCCAUUACGUCCUUAGUGUAUAUUAUCCUACCCAUCAUCUUCCGCCGGCUGUCCAUCCAAGCUGGUGAUGUAACCAAGAGUUCUCGAGAGAGGCACGUGCUUCACCAUCUCUAUUCAUUCUUUGUCUUCAACAAUCUCGUGGUAUUUUCACUGUUCUCAGCCGCGUGGACAUUCAUUGCAGCUGUUAUUGACAAGAAGGAGAAUGAGAAUGCCUGGCAAGCUAUGAUUGAUGGACGUUUCUACUCCAAGGCCGUGAGUGCGUUGUGUAACGUGUCUCCCUUCUGGGUGACCUACUUGUUACAGAGGAAUCUAGGAGCGGCGAUCGACCUCGUACAGCUAGUUCCCUUGGUCUGGGUAUGGUUCUCCAAGACUUUUCUGGCACCAACACCGCGACAGGCCAUCGAAUGGACGGCUCCGCCUCCAUUUGAAUAUGCAAGCUACUACAACUAUUUCUUGUUUUACGCCACCGUAGCGUUGUGCUUUGCGACUUUGCAGCCCAUCGUUCUGCCAGUCACUGCUCUCUAUUUCGGGUUGGAUGCCAUGAUGAAAAAAUAUCUGCUAAUGUAUGUGCUUGUGACGAAAAACGAGUCCGGAGGGCAGUUCUGGCGUGUUGUGUUCAACCGUAUGGUCUUUGCAGCUAUCCUAUCCAACGCUGUCGUUGCGCUGGUGGCUACGGCUAACGGCACCUGGACAAUGGUUUUUUGUGUAAUCCCAUUACCUCUUCUGUUACUGGGGUUCAAGUGGUACUGUGUGCGGACGUUCGACACUGACAUGAAGUAUUACAAUCGUGCGAAUCUGAGCGAUACCGAAGCCUUGGAGACUGGGAAGUCGAGCAAGAGGGCGUCAGAUCGACUCAGUUCCAAAUUUGGCCACCCGGCGCUCAACAAACCGCUAAUCACGCCGAUGGUACACGCAAAAGCCGCCGAUGCGCUAAAGCGUAUCUACCGGGGUCGCAUAGGUACUUCAGAAGUGGAGGGCGAAUACACAGAUAUUGCGAUGGAUCCCAUGUUGGCAUCUCAUCCAGGAAAGUCCAAGAUGGAAGCCUCGGAAUCCGCCCCAUUCGAGGUUGUUCCAGAGAAUCAUCUCGACUUCUCCUACUAUAAGGACCGGCCGGAUUUCCGUGAUGAGUUCGGCGGUGGUAUCUAUGGCCGGCCGGACGACUUGAUCACCGAACGUUCGCAGACGCCGCGAACCGGGCUAGGAGAGUGGUCGCCGACUUCAUCACGAGCAGCGUCUCCAACGCCAUCGCUCCCCUCCAUAUCUGGAUUAAGACAGUACGAUAGUUAUGACACGAGUACUCAUGAACUCGUCCAUCCCGCGUUCCGCACCCCCCUGUCCCACUCAGAUAGUGGCCUGGUGGGCAACGGACUCUAUCAGCAUGGUGAUGAGAGUGAAGCACGACUGCUCAGUCAGGCGCAGGGGCCGGCUGUGACCGACAGCGCUCACCCAUUCAAUCGAUGGGGGCCACGAGGAUACGGGCCUGUGGAACAGGAAGAUCCCAGAACGUCCUACGAGUACUACCGCAGACCACGAUAGCUGUGACUAACGACAUUACCUGAAUAUACCAUAUAUUGAGUUCUUUUUCUGUUUUUGAUUUCUUUUAUUUGUGGUUGUUUAUAGAGCUUUGGAGUGUAUUGGAUAUGACUGGACGGGGUCAACGGAAGUAACGCUGCAUAUACGUGCAUAUGAUCUGGAUAUCUGUGUUGUAUUAUAUGAGCCGAAUUGAUUGUACAUAGAAGCAACCAAAGUGGGAUGAUGUAUUCAGCUAUCGACGGAGUACCUGGGGUAAUAAUUGUUGUCUUGUACGUAUCAUCGUAUGAAGCUGGGAGGGUGUAUCAAUUACCCGAUUGGGUGGAGGCCAACUCUCGGAACUCGGAUGCCUUGUUUGUUU